GGGCAUUUUUAUGGGCAGGUUGUAAACAAAUUGUGAUAAACACAGUUGAAAAAGAGGAGUUGUAGAGAUUCAGAUCCCAGUAGGACACAAUCAGCACACAUAAAAAUAUUUUCGUAUAAGUUGACCAAGGAUAUACUGGCGAAAAUUUCUUCUCGUAACGGAUUUUAACAUGGUUUUAUUUAAACCUCAAUUUAAUUUCAACUUGGAAGCAAGGGGCGUUUCGAUCCUGAAGAAAACCAGGUUUUAUAAUGACGCCGUCCAUAAAGCUAUCGGGCUUCCGGACUUAUGCAACAGGAUUAUUGACACGCCACAAUUCCAAAGAUUGCGGUGCCUGAUGCAGUUAGGAAUGUGUUACUUCGUAUAUCCGAGCGCAUGUCAUAAACGGUUCGAACACUGUAUUGGGACAUGCUAUUUGGCUGGAAAGUGUGCGAAAAUUCUGCGCAAAAACCAGCCAGAAUUGGGCAUCGAUGAUAAAGACAUACUCUGCGUGUAUGUCGGCGGCCUUUGCCACGACUUAGGCCAUGGUCCGUUUUCACACACGUGGGAACACUUUAUGAAAAAACAUGACAAGGACUACUCGCAUGAGUUCAUGUCGCGCCUAAUUUUGGAUCAUAUGAUUGAGAAAAAUGAUUUAAUGCCGAUUUUUCAAAGCCAUGGGUUGACCCGGAAUGACGUUACUUUCAUAAAGGAAAUAAUUUUGGGGCAUUCCCUUGACGGAGAGGGGAUGGAAUUUAAGGGCAGACCGGCGGCGAAACACUUUUUGUAUGAGAUUGUGUCCAACAGCAGGACGAAAAUUGACGUUGAUAAAUUCGACUAUCUUCUCCGCGAUAGUAAACAACUGAAUUUAAAAACGUCCUUCGACUACAAACGAGUCUUCAACGAGAGUCGAGUCCUACGUAGCCCCGACCAUGGGGGUGAGCUUCGAAUCGCGUACCGACAAAAAAUACGGCAAAAUCUUGAAGAACUCUUCCACCAGAGGGCGGCCUUCCACCAGAAGGCGUAUCAGCAUAAGGAUACUAAAAUCAUAGAGCUAAUGAUUUUGGACGGCUUAAAUUCCGCCAAUUCUGAAGAGAAAUUCGUCUAUGGGCCUGACACAGGGAAAUGGUAUAAUCUUUCCUCUGCUCACAAGGACAUUUCGGCCUUCCUAAAGCUGACCGAUGCAAUUUUUGAACUUAUCUGCAACUGGGGGAAGGGAGGUGUCCAAGCUGAAACCAUUUUUGGCAACAUCGUUCACCGGAAUUUGUACAAAUUCCUUGGAUUCGUCAAUUUGACUGAUAACCCUCAAAAAGAGUUAACUGACGCCCUUGCUGAGCACAAUGUCGUCUUGGUAUCAACCCACAUUGACUAUGGAAGUGGGUCAGAAAACCCGCUGAAUUCUGCAAUUUUCUAUUGCAAAGAUAACGGACGUGAUUCUGUUCGUGCAGUAAAAGCGAAAAACUUCCCAAUGCCGUUAUUGGAGAAGAAGGGCUUCCUUUUACUACGUCACAGUAUCCCCGAAAUUGAUGAAAACAACAACAACGAGGUCAACGAGACGGAUAUAACCUCAACGGUUGAGGAAGUUGAAAAAAUUUGUGGCAACUUUAAGUUAGAGUUGCAACAAGAAUAAGAAAGAUGUCCAUAGGGUUAGUGACAAACAUUUCUUUGACAACUUGAAUAUUAUAGAUAACUUACAAUAUUAAUAAUUAAGAAAUUUCAUUAAUUUGAAUGAAAUGCAAUUAUAUGAAAUCAGUAAAGACAAUGCCAGUUUAAUAAUGA